AUGUCUGUGUCAAGCAUGGAUGAAGCCCAAUUCCUACAAUACGCUCAGUAUAGCUUGAUAGACGGCUAUAUGGAUAUCAUGGCUAUGAUGGUGUGCCAUCAUGUGAACGAGCUCAUCUCGGACUUACUGGCCAUAGCUACUGCCUGCGGCACAUAUUUCGCCCAAGCGUCAUUUGCAUCGAUCCGAGUCUAUGCCCUUGACAGUCGGCGGUGGAUGAAAGCCGCCAUCGUGAUGAUGUUGGGGCUUAUGCCAGUUGCCAUCAACAUUUAUGGUGCAUCCAAAACAGUCAUGACUCAUACCGCAGAGGGUUGCUUCCUCGGAUAUUCAUACUCCACCUUCAGGAGUCAUAUGUAUGUCACGCCAUCACCACACAGGAUCAGUACCGUGGUGCUAUGCCACUUCUUCCUUGAUCUCCGCUAUUUCUCCAGCCUGGAACUCAAUGACAGCACCAUAUCCUCCCGUGGAAGCCCGUCCCUAAGCUUCGCAUCAAGGAUCAUCGGCAACUUGGGCGAGAUGCUCGUGGAAAACUCUCAGGCCUAUGACGAUGACGUAGACCGUGAGCUAGAGGACCCCACUGAUUCUGAAGAAGUCAAUGCAGCAGUCGAUCUUGACGACAGUGUUGACAAGGCUCAGACUCGGACAGCCACCACGGAAGUCCUCGAUCAGACGACUAGCGAGGGAGGCGCUGCUGACUGCGGGUUGCCUGAGUCCCCAGAUGAGGAUUUCGACCCGCGCGUGAUAGAGAUUGUCUAG